AUGGACUUCGGACACCUACCAUUUUACAAUCGGGAGUUAACCUUGGAAGAUAUUCUGAGGAAACCACAAAGAUUGCCAGUGAAAAGUCUAUAUAAGUUUGCUUUCGGAGCUGAGACCCGUCUUGAACAAGCCCUUGCACUGAUUGAUAAGCUUUCACUUGAAGAGCUUGUUGAGGUCAUGACAUUCGCCAGGAUGAGGAGAAAUAUUAUUUCAGCUGAGAGGAAUGCCCACCAAGAAUUGGAAGGUAUUUUUGAAGAAAUGUCUAAAUAUAUGGCCAUGGAUGAUGCAAAAGUUGCUGAUCUUGAUGAUGUUACUGCUGGUGGUGCUGCAGCUGCUCCAGAUGCUAGUGCUGGUGGUGGUGCUACUGAAAUGAUGUUGUUGCUGCAGCAAAUGCUCCUGAAUCUGGGUAUCGAUCCUUCCAACAUGGUUCGUGGUAGAGGUCAGGGUGGUCCUCGCGAAGCUCUGGUUGAUGAGGUGAUGGAGAGAACUAGGUACGAUGAACUAUCACGCACGGUUGAGCAGCUCGCUGGUCAAGUAGAAACAUUGUUACAACGACAUGAGCACCGUCUACCUCCUACGGAUGAAUCCAAUUCGGAUGGAACAGAUGACGAUAAUGAUACUGAAAACCCCUUUGCUGGGCGUGAGCGUGAAUCUAGGAUUUGGGAAUCAUCAUUCCGCAUAGAUAUUCCUGAGUUUCAUGGUAGCGGUUUAACACCGGAAGAUUGUAUCGACUGGUUCUCUAUUGUGGAGGAAGUUCUGGAAUUUAAGAGGGUUCCUGAUGAUCGAGUGGUUCCGAUUGUGGCUACGCGCUUUCGAGGAAGGGCUGCUGUUUGGUGGCGUCAGUUGAAAGCUUCACGAAUUCAAAAAGGUAUUACAGACACUGAAGAACAACUUGGCUAUCGAUACUUAGGGGGUUUGCGUGAGACUUUUCAAGAUUCCCUUAAUGUGUUUGACUAUUUUUCUGUGUCUGAGGUUCAUCAGCGUGCUUUGCGAUUGGAGAAACAACUAUCUCGUAAGUCGAUUCGGGCAGCAAUCGGCCGUCCUCCGGCUUCUUCUUCUCAUACUGCUUCCGCACAACAGGUUGUUAGUACGCCUAAAAAGUUUGUUCCUAAGUGCUAUCGUUGUGGAGAUCCGAAUCACUUGGAAAACGAGUGUCGCAAUGCUGAAAGACCUGGUAAGGCUUUGCUUACAGAGGUGAAUACUGCUGCUGAUGUCUUUGCUGAUGCGGAGGAGAUAGCAGCUGAGUGCGAUGAGGUGUUCCUGCCAGGGGACCAAGGUGACUGUUUGAUGAUCUACCGUCGCUCGUUUCUUACACCUAAAGUUGACGCUGACGAGUCAUGGCUACAAAAGAACAUCUUCCAGACAACGUGUACUAUUGAAGGCAAGAUGUGCCGUUUGAUCAUUGAUUCCGACAGCUGUGAAAAUGUGGUGUCUGACGAGGCUGUUCGGAAACUCAAGCUUCCCACAAAAAAACAUCCUAGCAUGUAUUCUCUUCACUGUCUUAGCAGGCGUUGUCUUGUGAAGUUUUCCAUUGGUUCUGUCUAUGAAGAUGUCGUGUGGUGUGAUGUCGUGGUAAUGGAUGCCUGUCAUCUGUCGUUGGGUCGACCAUGGCAAUACGAUAGGGCAGUGACUCAUGAUGGUAAUCUGAAUACAUACUCAUUCAUAUUUAAGAAUACUCGUGUUACGCUGGUUCCUGCCAAUGUGACGGUGCAUGUACCUGUUUCUCCCGUGGCCUCCAAUUUUCUUUCUUGGCGUCCGUUUGAGAAUGAGAUGCUCACUGAGGGGAUGGUGUUCAUCUUGUAUGGUCUCUCUCGUGAGGCUACAUCUGCUGUGGAGGUUCCAGCAUGUGUCCAGGGGAUGUUAUCGGACUUUGAGGAUAUCUUCCCAGUUGAUCUUCCAGAGGGGUUGCCUCCUUCUCGAGCUAUUCAGCACCAGAUAGACUUGGUGCCUGGUGCAGUGCUUCCUAAUCGAUCUCAUUAUCGCAUGAGUCCAAAAGAACAUACAGAACUACAACGUCAAGUGGGGGAGUUAUUAGCCAAAGGUCUUAUCAGGGAAAGUCUCAGCCCUUGCGCGGUCCCGGCGUUGCUCAUUCCUAAGAAGGAUGGUACAUGGCGCAUGUGCGUGGAUAGUCGUGCUAUUAAUAAGAUUACGGUAAAGUAUCGCUUUCCUAUUCCUAGGUUGGACGAUAUACUUGACCAGCUUCAUGGUGCUACGGUUUUUAGCAAAUUGGAUUUGCGUAGUGGCUACCAUCAGAUUCGUAUACGACCAGGAUAUGAAUGUAAGACCGCUUUUAAAACGAGGGAAGGGCUUUAUGAAUGGUUGGUGAUGCCGUUUGGUCUCUCCAAUGCUCCUAGUACAUUUAUGCGCGUAAUGAACGAAGUAUUAAAACCACUUUUGGGUAAGUUUGUUGUCGUUUAUUUCGAUGACAUCUUGGUUUAUAGUACUAACUUGGAUUGUCACUUGUGUCAUCUUCGUAAGGUCUUAGUAGUUUUACGCCAGCAACAUUUCUUUUCUGCUACAAAGAAGUGUGUUUUUUGUACGGAUCGUAUUCUGUUUCUUGGAUACGUCAUAUCCAAGGAUGGCAUCUCGGUGGAUGAGUCUAAGGUCGAUGAUGUACGUACUUGGCCUUUCCCCCAAACAAUCCAUGAGGCUCGGAGUUUUCACGGGUUUUAG